GCAAUGGAGGAUGCAGGUAAGAAAUUUGUUGGGGAACACGAUUUCAGAAACUUCUGUAAGAUGGAUGCAGCUAAUGUACGUAACUAUAGGAGGCGGAUCAUGCAGUUUGAAAUAAUUCCUUGCAAUGAAAGGUUUGAAGGCGAUCAGCUUUGCGCAGUGAAAAUCACAGGUACUGCUUUCCUGUGGCACCAGGUUCGGUGUAUGGUUGCUGUACUAUUUUUGAUUGGCCAAGGUCUUGAAUCCCCUAAUGUGAUUGAUACAUUGCUGGAUAUUGACAUGAUGCCCAGGAAACCUCAAUACAUAAUGGCACCAGAAAUUCCAUUGGUACUGCUAUCCUGUGAAUUUGAAGGUCUCAGAUUUAUAUGCUCCUCAGAUGCCAGGAAAGCUCUGCAUGCACACUUGGAGAUGGAAUACCGAACUUACAAACUUCAAGCUGCCAUCUUUCAUGAGGCUCUGCUAAGCUGUUCACUCAUUGAAAAUGAUGACAGCAUAUUGAAUAAUAAAACCAAAAACAAAGUAGCUUCCUAUGUUCCUCUCAUGUCACGGCCAACCGAGCCAUCUUACGAAGAACGGCGUGUGAAGUUGAACUCAGGAGCACACAAGCAAGAGGCUAUUGAUUUGUUGAGAACUCAAUUUGUUGAAACGGAGGAUAUCUAGUUGUUAUUUCAUGUUUGUAUGUAACAUUAAUUUAUUGUACCAGUUCCGUAUUUUUGUUUCUAAUAUAAAUUAUUUAUGAAUAGGAAAUUUUUGUUAUUUGUAAUGAGUAAUAAUCAUACCCCUUCAACCUGAUUUUUUUUAACAAAGAAGAUGAUAUCUAUCUGUUGUUACCAUU